CUGUGUCGACAUUUUACAUCGAAGAAGAAUUAUGCGUUGUUAGAUUACAAAGAUAUUUUUAUAACAUCAUACGGUAAAUAUUCAGAAUGUGUGUUUGUUAUCUAUACUGUCAACUAUCUAGGACAUUUUUGUCUUUCUAGAGAUACUGAUUUCAGUUGAUCAACACCUGCUUAAAUUAUAUAUUUGCGUUUUAGACUUAGAGGACAAGAAUAAAAGGAAAAUGAAUAACUUACUUAUUUGCUUAGUGUUUGGCAUAGGAAUUGCUGGUGUAAUUGGUAGAAGAUGUGUUGUUUAUUCACCGAGUGAAACAAUACCCGCCAUUCCAAAGGGUUCCCGUUUAGGUAGAACAUGCCAUUCCGUGAUGACUGACCAAAAUAAUUACUGCAUUGAAUGGGAUUGUCCCCCAACGGACUGUUCUGAUCCCAUUAUACCAGAGACUGGAUGUCCUUACUGUAAAGGAACAUGUAUAAAUGGAGGUAGAGUGUAUCAGGAAGGUGUAUCGUUUAAGUGUGACGAUACGUGUAAUACAUGUACAUGUCAGUUUUCUACAUUGAUGAUGUGUUAUUUGAAAUCCCCGCCAACUGAGUGCAUUAACUAACAGCUUAAAACCCGGAGAUAAACUAUUGUAAAAUUAAACAUAAAAUAUUUGAAAUUUUCGUAUAUUUUAUCUAUGUCAUUCCAAAUAGAUUCUAUGCAUUUAC